AUGGGGAGAUUUCUUGGCGGGUUUGUGUUGCCUCUGCUGCUGCUAACAGUGCAUGCUAUAUGGAUGAUGACAGUGCAACUUGCCAUUGCAAUGUUCUUUCUGUAUAACAGCCUUGGUGCAGCAAUGAUCACAUCUGUAGUAGGAAUCAUGUGUGUUCUUGUGUCUGUUGUGCUGGGCACGAGACGGAACAACAGGUUCCAAUCUACUGUGAUGAAGUGUCAGGAUUCAAGAAUGAAGGCAACAAAUGAGAUGCUUAACUACAUGCGUGUGAUCAAAUUCCAGGCUUGGGAGGAGCACUUUAAUAAGAGAAUUCCGGCUUUCCGUGAGUCGGAGUUUAGCUGGCUGACCAAGUUCAUGUACUCAAUCUCUGUGGUUAUGUGGUGCACCCCAGUACUGAUAUCAACUCUCACAUUUGGCACUGUACUCUUAUUGGGUGUCUGGCUUGAUGCCGGGACAUUGUUCACAACCACAAGCAUCUUCAACAAUUUGCGGGAUCCCAUCAGGACCUUCCCACAAUCUAUGAUUUCAAUUUCUCAAGCUAUGAUAUCUCUUGGGAGGUUGGACCGUUAUAUGAUGAGUAGGGAAUUGGUGGAGGAUGUGGUGGAGAGAGACAAGGGCUGUGAUGGUAGAACUGCUGUGGAGGUUAAAAAUGGCGCGUUUAGCUGGGAUGAUGAAAGCAAAGAAGAGGAUUUGAAACACAUAAAUUUGAAUGUCAAUAAAGGGGAGCUAACGGCUAUUGUAGGAACAGUGGGAUCUGGAAAGUCUUCCCUUCUAGCCUCAAUUCUUGGUGAGAUGCACAAGUUAUCCGGAAAGGUACGAGUUUGUGGAACAACUGCCCAUGUUAAUCAAACAUCAUGGAUUCAAAAUAGGACUACUGAAGAAAAUAUAUUAUUUGGUUUGCCAAUGGACAGAGAUAGAUACCAGGAAGUUAUAUCAGUUUGCUGCUUGGAGAAGGACUUGGAAAUGGAGUUUGGAGAUCACACUGAGAUAGGAGAGCAUGGCAUCAACCUAAGUGGUGGCCAGAAACAGAGGAUACAACUUGCUAGGGCUGUAUAUCAAAAUUGUGACAUAUAUCUUCUCGAUGACGUUUUCAGCGCUGUUGAUGCUCAUACUGGAUCAGAAAUAUUUAAGGAAUGUGUGAGGGGAGUGCUUAAAAACAAGACGGUUUUAGUUGUAACUCAUCAAGUUGACUUCUUGCAUAAUGUUGAUCUUAUUUUGGUCAUGAGAGAUGGGAUGAUAGUACAGGCUGGAAAGUCUAAUGAUUUGCUAAAUUCUGGCCUGGAUUUCAAACAGCUAUUAGCUGCCCAUGAAACCUCCAUGGAACUUGUAGAAAUGAGCACCACUAUUCCCAGCAAAAGUUCCCCCAGUCCUCAAAUAUCUCCACAAUUCUCUUCGAACCACCGGGAAGCCAAUGGUGGAAACAACUCUUUGGACCAACCAAAGUCUGAUAACAGGACUUAUAAACUCAUCAAAGAAGAGGAUAAAGAAACAGGCAAAGCAUCAACUGAUCAGACGAAUAUCAAUCAAUUUCUUCCCUUCAUUUUGGGUAUGACCAUUGCCAUGUACAUCACUGUGCUUGCCAUCUUUAUCGUUGUAUGCCAAAAUUUGUGGCCAACAGUAUUCUUGCUGAUUCCACUUAUUUGGCUUAAUAUCUGGUACUGGGGUUACUAUCUUGCGUCAUCUCGUGAAUUAACUCGACUCGAUUCGAUCACAAAAGCUCCUUUUAUCCAUCACUUCUCAGGGAGCAUAUCCAGAGUUUUGACAAUCCACUCUUGCAGAAUGCAGAACAUGUUCUCCAAGGAAAAUGUUAAAAGGGUUAACGCCAAUUCACGUAUGGAUUUCCACAACAAUGGGUCCAAUGAGUGGUUUGGUUUCAGUAUGGAGAUGCUUGGGAGUUUAGUUUUCUGCAUUUCCACUGUAUUCAUGUUCUUGUUGCCAAGCAGUAUAAUUAAGCCAGAGAAUGUUGGUUUAACUCUCUCCUACGGAUUGGCCCAGAAUGGUGUGCUGUUCUGGGCCAUUUAUAAGAGCUGCUUUGUCGAAAAUAAGAUGGAAUCGGUUGAGAGGAUAAAACAAUUUACUAACAUCUCAUCAGAGGCAGCAUUGGAGAUAAAAGACCGUGUUCCUCCUUCAAAUUGGCCUUCCCGUGGCAAUGUCGAGCUCAAAGACUUGCAGGUAGUGUACCUUCCCAAAUACACCCUGGUUCUCAAAGGCAUUAGUCUAAGCAUUCACGGGGGUGAAAAGAUUGGUGUUGUUGGUCGAACAGGGAGCAGGAAAUCAACUUCGAUCCAAGUGUUCUUUAGGCUGGUGGAACCUUCAGGAGGCAAAAUUAUCAUCGACAGGAUUGAUAUAACCACAAUAGGGCUUCAUGAUAUCAGGUCUCGCUUCGGGAUCAUUCCUCAAGAACCUGUCCUUUUUGAAGGAACUGUGAGAAGCAGCAUUGAUCCAGUAGGAAUUUAUUCAGAUAAAGAAAUUUGCAAGAGCCUUGAACACUGCCAACUUAAAGACGUGGUAGCUGCAAAACCUGAUAAACUCAAUUCUUUAGUGGCUGAUGACAACGACAACUGGAGCGUGGGGCAAAGACAGCUUCUCUGUUUGGGGCGAGUUAUGUUGAAGCACAGCCGGCUCUUGUUCAUGGACGAGGCCACGGCUUCAGUUGAUUCACAGACGGAUGCUGUAAUACAAAGGAUCAUCUGAGAGGAUUUGGCUGCAUGUACAAUAAUCAGCAUUGCUCACAGAAUACCUACAGUGAUGGACUGCAACAAAGUUUCCGUAGUAGAUGCAGGACUGGCUAAAGAAUUUGACAAACUGUCCCGCUUGCUUGAGGGACAAUCAUUGUUUGGGGCAUUGGUUCAGGAGUAUGCCAACCGUUCACAAGGACUAUAAGCAACCAUCUUUGGUUUCUCUAUCGUUGCUUCCGGUGAUUCCUUUUGUGCUUGCAAAUCUUCCAAGAAUCACCUGCCUGCAUUUGUCCCUCCCAUUAUUAAAAUAAGAAGAGGCCCUUCUCAGCUGUGUGUGGGAAUUAUCAAGACAAUAAUGCAAGUCCAAGUCAAGCCUCCCUUAGACUUGUGGCAAGAAGUAGCUAAUCUACUCCAGUUACCACCCACAUUUCUCCAUUCUGUUUAGAAUGUAUUUAGAUGAGAACAUUAAACUUAUGCUUCUUGACAAGGGUGCUGUUUAUGGAAAUCAGUUGUAUUAUUCUUGGAAAAUUCAGUAACUGGAAUUUGUGGAUGCACUCUCUCUCUCUCUCUCUCUCUCUCUCUCUCUACUUUGUAUAUAUGAAUAUCAGUCCGGCUCUGUGCUGGACGUGCAUUUUUAUUGACAUGGUUGAUUGGUUUAGGGGUGCA